CAUAAUUUUGCUGAUGUAGCUACUAACACUGAAAACGCCUCCUUCUUUUUCCUUCCAUUUUUGGUAUUCACUGCUUCCACCUCUUUCAUUUUCUCAGGUAUUUGAAGAAAAAUUUCUGGGCCAGCUGAAAGUUUGAAUCUUUUAGGUUAGGACUUUAAAUUUCCACCAUAAAUUUGACUUUAAUUGUGGCAAUUUGAAGCUUGGAUAGCAUAAAAAUGGUGGCUACUUGUAUGUCAACAAGUUUUGCACCUUGUAAGACCAGGAAUUCAGCAAUGGUGCUUAAUGUUGUUGGGGGGAGAACAUUGACAGAGAAUUACCUUGGUAGGGUCUGUUUCAUGAAAAUGUAUAACAAGAAGUAUGAAUUUUCGGGUGGCAUUCGAAACUUGGGUCUAGUUCAAGUUAAGUGUUCAGCAAAUUCCCAUAGGGUUAGUCCAUAUCAUAGUCAAGACCCUUUUCUAAAUUUACAUCCGGAGGUGUCAAUGUUAAGAGGAGAAGGGAGCAAUUUAGGGAGCAACCCGAGAAGGGACGAUGGUUCGGGUAGAGAUGUAUCCGAGACUUUAGGAGUUACUCCUAAUCCUAGUAAUUACAGUGAAGCAAAGAUCAAGGUUAUUGGUGUUGGAGGUGGUGGAUCAAAUGCAGUGAAUAGGAUGAUAGAGAGUAAAAUGGGUGGUGUGGAGUUCUGGAUUGUUAAUACUGAUAUUCAAGCCAUGAGAAUGUCACCUGUCUUGCCUGAAAACCGUUUGCAAAUCGGUCUGGAGCUUACACGAGGUCUUGGUGCCGGUGGUAACCCUGAGAUGGGCAUGAAUGCUGCAAAAGAAAGCAAAGAAUCAAUAGAAGAAGCACUUUUUGGAGCUGACAUGGUCUUUGUAACAGCCGGAAUGGGAGGGGGAACCGGCACAGGUGGAGCUCCAGUUAUUGCUAGUAUUGCAAAAUCAAUGGGUAUACUGACUGUUGGUAUUGUCACCACCCCUUUCUCAUUUGAAGGACGAAAGCGAGCCAUUCAAGCGCAAGAAGGAGUUACAGCCUUGAGAGACAAUGUUGACACUCUGAUAGUUAUUCCAAAUGACAAGCUACUAACAGCGGUUUCUGAAUCCACCCCUGUAACUGAAGCAUUCAAUCUAGCUGAUGACAUUCUUCGACAAGGUGUUCGUGGCAUAUCUGAUAUUAUAAUGAUACCUGGUAUGGUAAAUGUAGAUUUUGCCGAUGUUCGAGCAAUAAUGGCCAAUGCAGGUUCUUCACUGAUGGGGAUAGGAACUGCAACUGGGAAAUCCAGGGCAAGGGAUGCUGCAUUAAAUGCCAUCCAAUCACCUUUGCUAGAUAUUGGAAUAGAGAGGGCUACUGGAAUUGUAUGGAACAUAACUGGUGGAAGUGAUCUUACCUUAUUUGAGGUAAAUGCUGCAGCAGAGGUUAUAUAUGACCUUGUCGACCCUACGGCGAAUUUAAUAUUUGGAGCAGUUAUAGAUCCAUCACUCAGUGGUCAAGUAAGCAUAACACUAAUUGCGACCGGAUUCAAGCGUCAAGAGGACGGCGAGGGCAGGCCCCCACAGGCUGCUCAACUCGCACAGGGAGAUACGACAGUUGGUAUCAAUCGGCGAUCUGCCUCGUUCACCAGUGGAGGUUUUGUUGAGAUCCCCGAAUUCCUAAAGAAGAAAGGCCAGACACGCUAUCCGAGGGCUUAACUGUGUUUCUCUCAGUUGCUUCAAUCUCUUGCUUCUCUUCAAUUUUCACUGUAAGGAUAUAAAAUAAUGCUUUUCUAGGUCUUAAGUCCUUAAACACCAUUAGUAGCAUUAUUUACUUAGUUUUGCAGCUUUGAAAAUUCAUCAUGAAUGCAAAUUACUUUCCAGCAA